AUGUACAAGUACGUGCUGGAGGCCAGCCAGAUGGAAAGCAGCUUUGCAGAGAAGGACCUGGAGGCUGAACCUGGGGAGAAGGAGGAGGAGGAGGAGGAGGCAGGGGAGCACCAGGGAGGGCGAUGCUGGUGGCGUGGAGUUGAAGUGAAAAUUGAAGUUGUGAUACCUGAGAAGGAGAGAAGCAAGGAAGAGAUGUCACCCAAUGGGAAAGCCAGUCCACUUGUUUACAAAGUCAAUGGGACUGCCCGGCAUUAUCAUCUUGAGGAACAUCCCAUUGCCAGCAAUCCCUACCACAAUCCAAAGGAUGUGGUGGAAGCAUCUGUGUGCCAUGUGAAGGACCUUGAAAAUGGACAGAUGCGAGAAGUGGACCUGGGCUGUGGGAAGGCUCUACUGAUAAAGGAGAAUGGUGAAUUCUAUGCAACGGGGCACAAAUGUCCUCACUACGGGGCCCCGCUCGUGAAAGGAGUUUUGUCCAAAGGAAGAGUCCGCUGUCCCUGGCAUGGGGCUUGCUUCAACAUCAGCACAGGUGACAUAGAAGACUUUCCUGGCUUGGACAGCCUACCGAGAUUCCAGGUGAAGAUUGAGAAGGAGAAGGUGUACAUCCGAGCAAGCAAGCAGGCUCUUCAGACACAGAGGAGGACAAAGAUGAUGGCAAAGUGCAUCUCCUUGAGCAACUAUAACCUGAGCAGUACCAACGUGCUGAUCAUCGGUGCAGGUGCAGCCGGGUUAGUCUGUGCAGAGACCUUGCGCCAGGAGGGUUUCUCGGACAGGAUUGUAAUGUGUACGAUGGACAGACACUUGCCCUAUGACCGACCAAAACUCAGUAAGUCGAUGGAUUCCCAUCCUGAGCAGAUUGCCUUGCGCCCUAAAGAAUUCUUCCGCACGUAUGACAUUGAAGUCUUGACUGAAAUGCAGGUUGCAGCUGUGGAUAUCAAGAACAAGAUAGCCGUGUUCAAGGAUGGAUUUAAGAUGGAAUAUAACAAACUGCUGAUAGCGACUGGAAACACGCCGAAGGCUCUCAACUGUAAAGGCAAAGAAGUAGAAAAUGUGUUUAACAUCCGAACUCCUGAAGAUGCUAACCGUGUAGUGAAACUCGCCACUAGCAAGAACGUAGUUAUAGUGGGAGCCUCAUUCCUUGGGAUGGAGGUGGCUGCCUAUCUCACAGAGAGGGCCCAUUCCGUGUCUGUGGUCGAGCUGGAGGAAGUGCCUUUCAAGAAGUUCUUUGGGGAGAGGGUUGGCCGUGCUGUCAUGAAGAUGUUUGAGAACAACAGGGUGAAGUUCUACAUGCAGACGGAAGUGUCAGAACUGCGGGAGCAGGAGGGCAAGCUGAAGGAGGUUGUACUGAAGAGUGGGAAGGUUCUGCGUGCAGAUGUUUGUGUCGUUGGUAUAGGUGCCAUCCCAGCAACAGGGUUUCUCAAGCAGAGUGGCAUCAACAUUGACUCCAAAGGCUUCAUCAUUGUCAACAAGAUGAUGCAAACCAACAUCCCAGGAGUCUUUGCAGCAGGUGAUGCUGUCACAUUCCCGUUGGCCCUUCGGAAUAAUAAGAAAGUGAACGUCCCUCACUGGCAGAUGGCCCAUAUGCAUGGCAGGAUAGCAGCUUUGAACAUGCUGGCCCACGGCAUGGAAAUCAGCACAGUCCCAUACCUGUGGACUGCUAUGUUUGGAAAGAGUAUUCGAUAUGCAGGCCACGGAGAAGGAUUUGAUGAUGUCGUCAUUCAAGGAGAUUUAGAUGAACUGAAGUUUGUGGCAUUUUAUACCAAGAGUGACGAGGUGGUGGCUGUGGCCAGCAUGAACUAUGAUCCCAUCGUGUCCAAGGUGGCUGAGGUCCUGGCUGCUGGCAGAACUAUCCGAAAGCGUGAUGUAGAGCUGUUUGUCCGUCAUGGCAAAACCGGAGAUAUGUCUUGGCUAACUGGAAAAGGCUCCUAA